CCUGGAGCACUUCCGCCCUGUUGUGAAGUGGGUGUCUUGGUGGCCUUGAGGAGCAGUGUCUCUCCCAAAAUCCCCUUGAAGGACACACCAUAGAUGCAGGAAGUCAUUGAAUGAGGACAGCACAGCUGAAGUGAAGCAUCCAAGCCAGACAAUGGCUGUAGCCUUGGAGUCUGAGACCCAAGCCUCUCCCACACCGGAGUCUGAGGACCUCCUGAUUGUGAAACUGGAAGAGGACUUAUGGGGAUCAGAACCCAACUCCGAGAAGGACUGUGACCCUGUCCCUGGGCCUGAGGCUUCCCGCCAGCGCUUUAGGCAGUUCCAGUACAGGGAUGCGGCUGGACCCCAUGAGGCCUUCAGCCAGCUCUGGGCUCUCUGCUGUCAUUGGCUGAGGCCAGAGAUCCGCCUCAAAGAGCAGAUCCUAGAGCUGCUGGUGCUGGAGCAGUUCCUGACCAUCUUACCCCAGGAGGUGCAGAGCUGGGUGCAGGCACGCCAUCCUGAGAGUGGGGAAGAGGCAGUGGCCUUGGUGGAGGAUUGGCACCGAGAGGCCCAAGCUGCCCAGCAGCGGGAACUAGAGUGGGGUACAGACAAGAGCAGAUCGUUAAAGGCAGCACGAGAAUCUCAGUGCUUCCAGUUGCAGCCAGCAGGUCCCAGGCCUGAAGGACGGUCUCACAAGCAAGGGGUGAAGAAUUCAUGCUCCGACCUCCCUGAGCAUCUAAAUGCCAAGAUGGCAUCACACCUCUUAAAAGAGAGCGCUGUCCUCACUCCUCGCGUCCCUACUCUUCCAAAGAUGGGUAGUGUUGGAGAUUGGGAGGCGACAGCUGAGUCCCAGGAAGCCUUGGGUCCCGGUAAACAUGAUGAGAAGGAAUUCUGCAAGGACCCUGCAGGAGAUGAUUGUGGGAACAGCAUGUGUCUGGCAUUUCCAGUUGUGAAACCAAGUAUCAAUUCCAAGCUAGAGCAAGGACCAGAAUUCUGGGAUAUGAACUUUAUAAAUUCUAUGAAAAGGAGCACUUCUGAUUGCAGACUGGAUAAUGAACCAACAAAACCAGCUCAGGCAUUAACCUUAAAGGGCUAUAGAACCUGGGAAGAACAAUACCCUUGGGACAUGGAGGACAUGAAAGUGUCAGGUGUUCACUGGGGCUAUGAGGAGACCAAGACUUUCCUGGCAAUCUUGAGCGAGUCUCCUUUCUCUGAAAAACUUCGGACUUGUCACCAAAACCGCCAGGUGUACCGGGCAAUUGCUGAGCGGUUAAGGGCACGGGGCUUCCUGCGGACACUGGAACAGUGUCGCUACAGGGUCAAAAACCUCCUACGGAACUACCGAAAAGCCAAGAGCAGCCACCCACCAGGGACAUGCCCCUUCUAUGAGGAGCUGGAGGCCCUGGUGCGGGCUCGGACAGCCAUCAGAGCCACAGGUGGCUCAGGAGAGGCUGUAUCACUCCCCAGGCUGGGGGAUAGUGAUGCUGAGAUGGAUGAGCAGGAGGAAGGGGCCUGGGAGCCUGAGGAAACAACAGAAGACUAUAAUAGUGCUGGCCUGAUUGCUGAUGAAUCUGCCCAGGGGCCCAGGAUUGCAGGUGGCCCAGCUCUGCUCCAGAGUCGUAUUGCAGGUGUGCACUGGGGCUACGAGGAGACCAAGGCUUUCCUGACGAUCCUCAGCGAGUCCCCCUUCUCGGAGAAGCUUCGUACCUGUCAUCAGAACAGCCAGGUAUAUCGGGCCAUUGCAGAGCGCCUGUGCGCGCUGGGUUUCCUGCGGACCCUGGAGCAGUGUCGCUACAGAUUUAAAAAUCUGCUUCGGAGCUACCGGAAAGCCAAGAGUAGCCGCCCUCCGGGGACAUGCCCCUUCUAUGAGGAGCUGGACUCACUCAUGAGGGCACGGACUGCAGUCAGAGCCAUGGCGACUGUCAGGGAUGCAAUAGGUCUUUCUAGUUCUGGGAAGAACUGUACUGAGGCAGAUAACCAUGAAGCCUGGCGUGAGAUGGCAGAUGAAGAUGCCAUCAGACCUCCAACCCUGAGUCCUAGAACUCCAGACACUGGUUUUGAACUGAGGCAUAAGGAUGAAGACCAGAUUUCAGAGCAGGACAUUUUUGGUGAUUUACCUGGAGUCUUAUCAAAAUAUACUACAGAGGCUGUUUACUCCCCUCAUGAUUGGGGAGAAGACAGUGAAUAUGAAAAUGAUGGUGAAGGAGUAUGGGAUAAUCCUCCACAAGAACAGUGGGAAGAAUGUUCUUCUGAGGAGGAUUUAGAAAAACUUAUUGAUCAUCAAGGCCUGUACCUUGCAGAGAAACCCUACAAGUGUGAUACAUGUGUGAAAAGCUUCAGUAGGAACUCCCACUUCAUUGCCCACCAGAGGAUCCACACAGGUGAGAAGCCUUAUACAUGCCUUGAAUGUGGAAAAAGCUUUAGUGACCGCUCUAACCUCAAUACGCAUCAGAGAAUCCACACUGGAGAGAAGCCGUACAGAUGCCUUGAAUGUGGAAAAAGCUUUAGUGAUCACUCCAAUCUUAUUACCCACCAGAGAAUCCACACAGGGGAAAAGCCCUAUAAAUGUAGGGAAUGUUGGAAAAGCUUCAACCAGAGCUCAAACCUUUUGAAACAUCAGAAAGUCCACUUGGGAGAAAGUUCUGACCAGUGUAGUGAGACUGGAGAGAGCAUUGAUCAAAGUCCAUCUGUUAGUGCUCACUGGAGGGGUACCACAGAUAAUUCAGCUGAGCCAUCUUGUAGUGUUGAGACGAACUUGAGUUCUGCACCCCACAGUACCAACUCAGGGGAGAAGUUGUAUCGAUGUUCUGAAUGUGGAAGAUGCUUCUCAAAGAGCUCCGCCCUUAUUAGUCACCAAAGAAUCCACACAGGAGAGAAACCUUAUGAGUGUGCUGAAUGUGGGAAAAGCUUCAGUAAGAGUUCUACCCUGGCCAACCACCAGCGAACCCACACCGGGGAAAAGCCAUACAAGUGUGUGGACUGUGGAAAAUGCUUCAGUGAGCGUUCAAAGCUCAUCACCCAUCAGAGAGUACACACAGGAGAAAAGCCCUACAAGUGCCCGGAGUGUGGAAAGUUUUUCCGGGAUCGCUCUAACCUCAUCACUCAUCAGAGGAUUCACACAGGAGAGAAGCCCUAUAAGUGCAGAGAGUGUGGAAAAUGCUUUAACCAGAGCUCCAGUCUUAUUAUUCAUCAGAGAAUCCACACUGGGGAGAAACCCUACAAAUGCACAGAGUGUGGCAAAGACUUCAACAACAGCUCCCACUUCAGUGCCCAUCGGAGAACCCAUGCAGGUGGCAAAGCAUUGUAGAAGAAACAGCCCUCUACAACAGAAGAGUGACACAUGUAUAUUUAUAUCUCCUAAGAUCAUAAGACUUAAACUAGCAAAAAAUUUUCAGUUUUAAGCUUGGUGUAUACCCAGAGAAGUUUUGGUAAAAUCCAGGUAAUUUGAAAGUGAAUUACAGAUAAUAAGGAUCCAGAUUUGAAGGCACUUUGUUUCUCAAAUGGAGUUUUUUUUUUUUUUUUUCCUAUUAAAAUCCUCCAAACAUUCCUCAGGUUAUCUUUAUAUCUGCUAGUGCAUAAAAGCUUUAUGAGUAUUUGAGCUAGACUGGUGACUUAGGGGAUUAGAGUUAAAUCAGUGGCCUGCAGCAGUGAUUGCAGACCCUGCUGUGCCUUCGCACUGCCAAUGUGUGCAAACCCCCUCUCUGCCAUCCCUCAUACAUGGCACUUUGCAGUCUGGGCAUAUCCUCACAGUGGAACUUUGAGACUGGUGAGAGGGAGUGGCCAAGAAUAGUCCACCAUGAGCUUAGCAAUGAGUAGGAACAACAGUGACAUCAUAAAAUCAUUAUUAAUAAUAGCAAAAAGACCCAGUAGUUAUUGAGCAUUAGCUUUUUGGCAGGCUAUGUGAUAAGCACUUUAUAUGUAUUAUCUCAUUUAAUCCUGGUGAUAGCCCCAGGAGAUAACUAUCAAUUUCCUACUCAUUUCCUGAGAGAAAACUGAGGCUUGAAGAAGUUAAGUUACUUGUAUCAGCCAUACAUCUGAAAAUGAGCAAGGCAGAAUUCAGCCAGAUCCAUGUUUCCUGUGUCUGAGAUGCUUUAGUGUCCCACUGAAUUCCCUUUCAGUGUAGGGCAAGUAACUCAGUUGCCAAGAUCUCAAAAUGUGUCACUCAAUAAAUUAUCCUUUUGUCUAAGAUAGAAGCCAAGAACCCCUAAUGGUGAAAGGAAUUUGUAUGUUCAGAAUUGGUGGUUGUAUUUUGAAUGAGGCUGACUUAUUAUUAUCAAAGUGCUGGAUGUGAGUUUCCCUUUUUGUAGUAAUAUGGCUGAGAGAUGUAGGUGGGUUGAGAGUGGGAAAAAUGUGUAGCCAAAGUGAUG